GAUGACGCAACAAAACAAAACGAUGAACUUUCUCAUACAUGACGCGAACGGUCAUCCACAAGUAAUAAAAGUAGUGCAGAGUACAGCCAAUAAGACAUUGGGUGGUAUCGUCAGUACAACAAAUGCAGGUGGCCUUAAAGUCUUUAAGACUCCAAGCCAAGAAUCUCAGGUUUUGUCAUCUAACGCACAAGUUCUUAGAACCAUCAGUCUGCAGAGUCCUUCAACACCUGGCCAAAGAUUGGUUACAAUACCAUUACAGAAUACAAAACUGGCAACAACCAAGGCUGGAGAACCUGUACUGACCAAGACAAUACAGUUAACAUCUGCACAAAUGAGUGAUAUAAAACAGGCAAUAGUAUCUCAACAACAGCAACAGCAGCAACAAUCUAGUAAUCAACAACUUGUGAAAGAUGCAAGUGGAAAAACAUAUAUCAGUCCAAUAUUGGAUCACAGUGGUUCUAGAAAAAGACAAGAUGUUGAGGGUGGUGAUUUUGUACCAGAUAAACGGAGAAAAACGGAAAAAGUAGGUAAAGGAUUACGCCAUUUUUCAAUGAAGGUUUGUGAGAAAGUAAAAAAGAAGCAAACGACGUCGUACAAUGAGGUUGCAGACGAACUUGUUGGGGAAUUCACUAAUCCUGCUCAUAUAAACUCCUUAACAGAUCAGCAAUACGAUCAAAAAAACAUUAGAAGACGUGUUUAUGAUGCUUUGAAUGUUUUAAUGGCAAUGAAUAUUAUCUCAAAAGAAAAGAAAGAAAUUAGGUGGUUAGGUUUGCCUACCAACUCUCUUCAGGAAUGCGUGGCACUUGAGAAAGAUAAAAAGAAGAAGAUUGAGAGGAUUAAAGCGAAAACGCAACAGUUACAUCAAUUGAUUCUUUCGCAUAUCUCUUUUAAAAAUUUGGUUGAACGUAAUCGUGCCAAUGAGAGUCUGCGUGGUCCACCAAAACCAAAUUCUGCCAUACAGCUGCCAUUCCUGAUUGUGAAUACUAGCAAAAAGACUGUCAUAGAUUGCAGCAUUUCAAAUGACAAAACCGAGUACCUGUUCAAUUUUAACGAUAAGUUUGAAAUUCACGACGAUAUUGAAGUUCUAAAGCAAAUGGGUUUAGCUUUCGGUUUAGAAAAAGGAGAGUGCACUGAGGAAAAUUUGCGAAAGGCUAAAUCAAUGGUUCCAAAAUCUCUGGAUAAAUACGUGGAACAACUGGCAUCAGGCGAUUUGGAAAAAUUCAUCCCAGUGACCAUUCCUGGACCAAGUACUUCAAUGGAAGACCUGGACAUAAAGUUGGAAGGUUCACGACCUCCUUCAUCUUCUCACACUUCGCUUUCAGAGGAUGUUCUAUCGCCACCCUCGCAGUAUUAUUCCGAGGAGGAAGAUGAAGAAGAAGAAAGUGAUCAAGAUGACCAAGCCGAUAGUGAUCUCGAAGUUAACUAGCACUCCGAACGAUUUUCUCGGGGCUGGACUCAGGGAUACUCGUCACUGUUAGCAGCGAACUCGACAUGGUCGUCAUCGAUAUCGCUCUCAAGAACGUCAUUCUUGUACGUAAUGAAGAUGCGAACGAGUAACGGUAAUCGGGGGUCUCUUAAAAAUGGAACCUCGUUGCCACCGUUGAUAAAAGUCUGUUAAUGUGAAAUGAGGAUGGUCAAAAAGUGAAUUAAAUGUCGAU